AUGAUCUUGAACAUUGUAAAUCAGCUUUACCGAACGUUUCUUCAAUUUAAUCUUUUCAAGAAAUCUGAUAGCACAGAGCAAACUCUUCGGAAAGAACUAAUUGCAACUCGUGUCUAUAUCUGCUCGUUCAUCACUUCUCUAAUCAUAAUUACAAUAAUAACUGCCUUUAUAGUGCGAACAAUUGAAACAACUGAAUCUCAACCAUCAUACACGCGAUUUAUACAAUUAGCAAAACAAUAUCCAAGUACAAUACAAUGUCCCUGUUCAAAAUACUCGAUUAGUUACCAAGCUUUUGUGACAACUCAAGUUCAAUUUCAUCCUGUUUGUUCAAGUCGAUUUAUUGAACAAACAUGGUUUGAUAUGACAUUCAUGAAUGAAGAUAUUUCAGUGCAAUCGAUCGAUGAUUUUCGUGUUACACUAAGUUUCUUUUGGCAAACUGUUGGAGGACUAUGUAAUGCAAGUCGAGCAAGUUGGGAAAGUGCCGUUGCAAAUUUUCAAACAUCAAAUAUUCUCAGUCCGACAGCCAUUGCCGAAGAAACGCUUCGAGUUCAAGUACAAGCAGUAUUUCAAAAUCAAAUCGAUUUGUCUCAAACAACAGUAAUUCGAACUUUACUUGCUAUUCGUCGUAUGGCAAGUGGAAAUCAGAUUGUGUCCGGUCUACAAACGAACUAUUACCUAAAAUUUUUCUCGUGCUCUGAUAUUCGAAUGACUCCUCGAAUGUUUGGGAAUUGUUCCUGCACAAAUAUCGAAGGUUGUCCACGUCCAGCUAUCUUCAAUGAUAGUCAAGGUCAUUUGAUAAUUAUACCAGGAAUGAUCAUGGACUGCUUGAUAAUCGAAGCG